AUGGGUUUUAGAAACAUAACUGCCAUAGAAAUAUUCUCCGAUAUUCCACGUUUAGUUCUCAUUCUGCUAUGCUUCUACAUAGUUAAAUACUAUUAUCAAUACUUCACCAGGGAAAAUAAGCUCCCCGGACCACUCCCAGUACCCCUAUUGGGAAAUGCUCUUGAAUUGUUUAGAUACAAAUUAAAUCUCUCUGAAUACGUAAAUGCGGUUCAGUUAAAAUAUGGAGAUAUAUGCGAAAUUCACAUGGGUCCUAGGAGACUUAUUAUCAUUUCAAGAAGCGAUGUAGCAUUUCCAAUUUAUACCUUGUCGGUAGCACACAACCGUAAAUUUCUCUAUCGUGAUUCGCCAAAUCCUGGACUAGAAGAAAUUGGCCUCGAACAACGUGGAAUAAUUGCAAAUAGGAAUUUAGAUGAAUGGAAAAUUAAUCGUAGGUUCUUAGAAAGAACCAUAAUGUCAAAAAGGUUUUUAAAGGAGUUUGCGGAAAAAGAAAAUAAUAUAAUUUUGGACAUGUUUAAGUUAUGGGAUGUUUUGAUUACUGAACGGCAGGAGAUUGACUUGGCCAAAUGGAUAACAAAGUUUGCAGGAGACGCUAUGCUCAUGACAGUGACUGGUCAACCGGCUUAUUCGACGUUGAAUUAUUUUAUUUCACUUGGAUAUGAGUAUAAUCACGAUCAUAUCCCGGUUUCGAACUGGAAUCGAUCUUCGAAAUUGAUCUCUGCUGUCCUUUCUAUUUUUAGAAUAACUCCAUGGUUCCUUGUCGUUCCACCAAUUAUAAGGCAUUUCCCUGGCAUAAGUUUUUUUAAUCAAAGAUUAUUAAAAAAUGCAACAAACCUAAACAACAUUGUACUUGAAAUAGUCCGAGAAAGACGUCUAUACAUUAACUCAUUGUCUGAAGAUGCCCAGAUGCCAUUGGAUGCUUUGUCGCUACUCCUUAUUGCUAACACUCGGCGUGAUCCUUCAAAAACUUUAUUUAAGUCCUUAGACCGAUCAUUAAACGAUCAAGAGAUUGGUGGAAUUUUGGUGGAUAUUUUCUUAGGUGCCUUUGAAACGACCGCAACUGCUAUUUGCUUGACAAUAUAUUAUGUGUGCAAAUAUCCUUCUGUAAAAUCAAAGCUUCUUUCAGAAUUCGACUCAGUAUUUGGUUCUCUGACAACACCAUCUGAAAAUAUUCUCUACGAAAAUAUUGAAAAACUUCAGUAUUGUGAUGCCAUAAUAAACGAAGUUCUUCGCCUACAUCCUAUAAUUCCUGUAAUGCCCCGAUCAAAUUCUGAACCUGUGGAAGUUGGUGGUUAUCUCUGGAAAGAUGGUUAUUCGUUUUAUGGAAAUUUUCAAGGAAUUCAAUCUAAUGAAAGGGAUUGGAUUGAUGCAAAAAUUUUUGAUCCUGAUAGAUUUUUAAGAAAUAAUGAUAAUAUAAGAUCAAAGAAUGCUGAGAUAGCCAAUAACAAUGGUGCUUUUGUGCCGUUUGGUGGGGGAGCUAAAUCUUGUCCGGGAAAACAUUGGGCAAUGGUCGAAGUUAAAGUAUUUUUAGUAGCGCUCUUAACAAG